AUGACUGAUUCCACCAAGCCUCAUUUCUUCCUCCCUACCAUUCAUGACAGUGAAGGUGGCUGGGGUCCUGCCAUUGAUGUGAUUCCUGAGCAAUUCCAAGAUAUCCCUUAUGCUCCCUACAGCAAGGCUGAUAAAUUAGGUCGUGUUGCUGACUGGUCCAAUCCUGAUGGCCAAAAGCAAGAUAACAGAGAGGUUCAAGGUCGCCAAAGAACUGGAUUUAACCGUUUCAACAGAGAUCAACACCAAGCUUACGGUGCUUCUUUUGCUUCUGCAUUCGCUUACACCCACAACGAAGACGAGUCAUCCUUCUCUGUUGUCGAUAAUAGAUCUGCAGGUACCAAGAAGCAAGCCAUGAAGGCAGUGGGUGGCGGUAAUGUUCGCAGCAGCCGUGUUCAAGCCAGCAACAAGCAAGGCGGAUAUCGCACUGUCGGUCAACGUCCCAGCGGAGGACGUUAUCAACAACAAAACAGCAGACGUAGAUAUGGUUACAAGGAUUACGAUAAACCUCAACGUGUUCGCAAUGCUUCCAUCAACAUUGGUGCCGAUUGGAAGGUGUUGGAUGAAAUUGAAUUCAGCCGUUUGAGCAAGUUGAACUUUGCUAUCCCUGAAGCUACCGAUAUUGCCACCUAUGGUUCAGUCAACGUCUACAACAAAGCCUAUGAUCGUGUAAACACCAAGAACGAAAAGAUGCUUGCACACAUUGACCGUAUCAAAUACGAUACUACUACAUCUGAAGAUCCCAUCAUCCAACAAUACAUCCAAGAGAACAAGGCUACUGUCUUUGCCACUGACGCUGUUCUUUCUCUCUUGAUGUGUGCUACUCGUACCGUCUAUCCCUGGGACAUUGUCGUCAAGAAGACUGCUGAUGGUAAGGUGAUCUUGGAUAAGCGCCCUGGCGGUGUCUUUGAUUUCGUUACUGUCAAUGAAAACUCUUACGAUCCUCCUGCUGAAAGCGACAAGGAUACCAUCAACUCCUGGUCUGCUCUUUGUAACGAAGCUACUUAUAUCAACCAAAACUUCUCUCGCCAAGUGCUCGAGAAGGAUGCAUUGAAGUUUGAAAACCCCAACCCCUUUGCUACAGCUGACACUGAAGCCGAAUUGGCUUCUUGUGGUUACCGUUACAGAGAAUUUGAUUUAAGCAAUGCUGAUGCUGGUGAGGAGGACGAUAAGAUUCAAAUGAUUGUUCGUACAGAAGUGGAUGCUGCUGUCAAGACUGCCAAUGGUACCAACUAUGUCACUGUUCGCGCUCUGAACGAAUUUGAUCCCACUGCUCAAGGCGCUGGUGGUGCUCUGCCUUGGAAGAAGAGUCUGGAUUCCCAACGUGGUGCUGUUGUUGCUACUGAAAUGAGAAACAAUGCUGCCAAGUUGGCUCGUUGGGCUGUUCAAGCUCUUUUGGCUGAUGCCGAACAACUCAAGUUGGGUUAUGUUGCUCGUUACAACCCCAAGGAAAACUCACGCCAUGUCAUUUUGGGUACUCAAGCUUACAAGCCUCGCGAUUUUGCCUCUCAAAUGAACUUGUCCUUGACCAAUGGUUGGGGUAUUGUCAAGGCUGUUGUGGAUAUGUGCUUGCAAUUGCCCGAAGGCACUUAUAUCAUGAUGAAGGAUCCCAACAGACCCAUUCUUCGUGUUUACGCUGUUCCCUCUGAAGAGGAUUUGGAGGCUGACUAUGAGGAUGAUGAAGAGGAGGAGGAGGAUCAAAAAUAA